UGCUUCCACCUUUGUGGCUUUGACUCUUACCAGUAUAAUUCCUGGAGAGAGAGAGAGAGAGAGAGAGAGAUUUGGAUAUGGGGAUGUGGAUUUCAAUGCCCUUUCUGGGAAUGGUGAUGGUGAUUUUUGCUCAGGUGACUAGUUUGAUACUAAACAAGGAAGCCAUGUCCAGCGGACUGAGUGAAUAUGUUCUGGCUGUCUACUCUUUUGCUAUAGCCGCUCUCAUUGUUCUCCCUUUUUCCUUCUUCUUCAACAGAUCAGAGCGUCCCCCACUCACCUUCUCCAUCAUCUCGAGAUUAUUCUUACUCAGCCUUAUUGGAUCUUCUGGACUGUUGAUGGGACUUGCUGGUUUAAACUAUGCCUCUGCUACACUUAACACAGCCAUGCUUAAUCUCAUUCCAGCCUUUACAUUCAUACUUGCCGUACUUUUCAGGAUGGAAAAGCUUAAUUGGAGGAGCUCAAGCAGCCAAGCUAAAAUUAUAGGAACUGUAGUGUCAAUUACAGGGGCAUUUGUUGUGACCUUCUACAAGGGCCCUGCAGUCGUACACGCACGCUUGUCCUCUGCUGGGACUGGUCUAUUCAGUAAUCUAUCUCUCUUCUCAGAAAAAUCACAUUGGGUAAUUGGAGGGCUACUUCUAGCAGCUGACUCCUUCGCGACCUCAUUAUGGUUUAUUGUGCAGGCCUCAAUUCUUAAGAAGUACCCUGCAGUGCUGAUCACAGUCUUCUUUUACUGCUUCUUUAUCUGCAUACAAUGUGCAUUAGUCUCACUGAUACUUGUACAAGACCUAAGUGCUUGGAGGUUAAAACCUAAUAUUGGAUUGCUUGCAGUUUUAUACUAUGGGAUUGUUGGGAUUUCAUUUCGUACCAACGUGUGUACAUGGUGCCUGCAGAGAACAGGACCUGUGUAUGUUUCUAUGUUCAAGCCCCUUGCCGUGGUUUUCGCAGAUGUCAUCGAUGUAAUUUUUCUGGGACAAGCUCUCUAUCUUGGAAGCUUGAUUGGAGCAGCUGUAAUUAUCUCUGGUCUUUAUGUUGUGAUAUGGGGAAAGGCCAGAGAAGAGAAGUUGCAUGAAAACAGUGGAGAGCAGAAUUGCUUAGAAUCAUCCACUGAAAGGGUCCCCCUGCUGUAAAAUGUGACACAGAAUUGCCUUGUAUAAAUAUUAUGGUCUUAAUGUGUUCAAUAUAGAAUCUGUGCUGCCAUUUCAUUAAAAAUUGAAAACAAGAAAUGGCAGAUAAAAAAAGUGAGGUCAAUGUCAUUUCUUUAUCUGAUUUUUUAUCUGCAGACAUGGGU